CGCUCUCUCACCGCGCGCGAAGGUGUGGUUCCGCCGGCUCUUGCUCGUGCAGUGGAUAGUGUGGCUCGGAAAAAAGUGAAAUAAAAAAACACAAGCAAUUAUCAUUAAUCAAGGACUGCUCGUUCAAAACUCUAAUGAGUAAAAUGAUAAUAAUGUUCAUGCAUUUUCCCUUCUAAAAAUAAAAUCCGGUUCAAGCAAAAACAACAAACACAAAACAAAUAAUCAAAGGAAGAAGAAAAUAAAUACAGAAAAGCAUAGAGUGUGAACAUUAUGAACAAUAUAAUGAACAGAAAAUAACACUAAGAACACGACAAUGGGAACAGUGAACACAGACCAGCAACUUCGUCAACUGUUCAAGACCUGUGACAAAAAUGGCAAGGGCUUUAUCGUGGCGGAGGAACUACGGGACUUAUGCUCUGGUCUGGGCAUCACCGCAGAAGAUUCCGACGUGAUCUUCCACGACCUCGACCAAGACCGAGAUGGACAGAUAAGCUACACUGAAUUCUCCAAGGGCUUCCGAGAGUUCCUGAAUCCCGAAGCCGAAGUCCAGACCAAGCGACGGUUUUCGACAUGGGGGGCGGAGGAGCAGGACGGGGAGGCAGCUCUCGGCGAACAAGAAAUCAAGAGAAGAGAGAGCGUGUACCAGGCGUGGAACAAUCUUACAAACAACUUGUCUGAUCUGAGUAAGACUUCUCCCGAAAGCGGAGAGCAGAUCAAGGAGCUACUGCAGGAUCUCGAGUGGUCGUCAGCACCUCCUGACGUCGCCAGCCGCGUCAGCACCGUGAUCUCCACAUUACUGAAGGAGAUACAGCAACUCCAAGCCCAUCACCAGAGCCUGGAGGUCAUGUACAAGAAAGAGCGCGAGCACCACGCCGACGCCCUCAGAUCCCUGGAGGACGAGCUCGAGGACCAGGUGGCGCGGGUCGAGGAGAAGGCGCGGCUGCAGGCGAAGCAGGAGUCGGAGGAGGAGAAGCGCCUCCUGCAGGAUCAGAUGGACCAAGAGGUGGCAACACUGCAGACACAUCUCAAGAUCUUCCAGAAGGUCGAGUCCUGGCUGAACAAAGACAGCGAGGGCGAGGACAAAGUGGCCGAAGUCAAGAAGAAGCUCGAGGAAGCCUACCAAGCCAACCGAAGCCUCAAUAUGAACCUUAAUGAAACGACAACAAACCUCGGCCUCCUGCGCUCCGACCUGGCGCAGAUGAGGCUCCAGUACGAGGAGAAGUGUCGGGAGCUGCACAGCGAACGAGAACAAGUGUUAGAAUAUAUGCACCAGUACGAUCAUAUGAAGAGACAGCUCGAAUUACUCCACGAAGCCAACAAGAGGCUCCAGGACACCAACGACAGCAUGAGGGACGCGAUGGAGUUCGAGUGGCGUCGAUCUCCUCUGGGCUCGAGGUGUUCCAGCAACAGGAGUUCUUUGAGGCAGCCGAAGGAGAGGAGGCGGAGCAAGAGUCGAUCCCGCUCCCCUCACCCACCCAUUCUCCCAGUUGAAAAUGAGGGGGGACUGAAGUUUGGCAUCAGACGCCUCAUGGACGAUCUCGACUCGGGGCUCUCAACUCUCCCAGAUACGACGGAGGAAGGCUGCACCACGCAGGACGAACUCAAAUUCUCGGAGAAUGAAGGGCCGCUGUCGCUGGAGGACGAACUCAUCGACCUGGAGUGUUCAUCGAGCCCGUCGCCCGUGAAAUCCCACGAGGACGGCCGGAGCACGCCCAUUAUUAACGGUCAGCCGCCCAUCCCGCCCGCGUUCAUGGGGAGUUCCACAGCGCCGCCCAAACCCCUGAGAGUGGCGCAUCUCUCGGCUUCUGAGAGGAAUGGCAAAAGCUUCGCGCCCCCCGGCCACGACUCCCUCUACGGCAGCCACGAGCCCCUGGGACCCCCGGAGAGGACUUACAAGGUAGUGUUCGCCGGAGACGCUGCAGUAGGGAAAUCGACCUUCAUUGUGCGUCUCUGCACCGGCAACUUCAUCAACAACAUCGCUUCUACGCUCGGUGUUGAUUACAAAGUGAAGACACUCAACGUUGAUGAGAAAAACAUUGCAAUGCAACUUUGGGAUACUGCUGGUCAAGAGCGCUUCCGGUCUAUCACCAAAACCUACUUCCGGCGCGCUGACGGGGUUCUCCUGCUCUAUGACGUCACGAGCGAACGGUCUUUCCUCAACGUCCGCCAGUGGAUUCAGAGCAUUGACGAAGCCUGCCUAACGCGCGUGCCCUUGGUGCUCUGCGGGAACAAGGCCGACCUGAGGGACACGGCAGCUUUGCAAGGGAGGUGCAUCGUCAGCGCCAGCAACGGAGAGCGGCUGGCGAGGGACUACGGCGCCGCGUUUAUCGAGACGUCAUGCAAGAACGGCGCCGGUGUCAUGGAUGCUCUGGUGAUGCUGGCAAGGCAAAUGGUAACGAACGAGGACGUGGAGAUCCAGACGUCGGCGCUGAAAGUCACAGCCAACGACUCCAAGAGAAGCUGCUGUGGGAGCAAGAAAGCUGAAUAGGAUCUUUAAUUCGAUUUUUUUUAUUAAAGAAAAAAGAAAUCUAUGAUAAUUAUGAGCGUUGGUAUAUUUUUGAUUUCCUUUUUUUUAUUUAUGUAUUAUUUUAUCUAUGCUUUUUUUUUGUCAGCAUUUUUUUUUUUACAUUUCGUUUUAUUUUAUUUUCCUUUUAAUUGGAACCAUCGUUUGUAUUUGUUUUUUUUUUUCUGCUUGGUUUAUAUACAAUGACGUCACGGCUAUCUCAUGACUUCACGAGAAUAUGACGUCACAACUCUCCCUUGACGUCAUAAGAAUAUGAUAAUGACAUCACGACUCUCCCAUGACGUCACGAUUAUCCCACAGUUAUCCCAUGAUAUCACAAAAAUGUGGUAAUGACGUCACGACUGGCAAUAUUGUUGCCAGGUUUAGUUUUCCGUUCAGUUCUUCAAAUGUAGAUAUACGUAUGCAGUAGCUAUUUCUAAUAGAAUUAUUGAAAUGCUUGAAAGUAUAGUUAGGUAUCUAUUAAUGAUAUUAUGAGAAUAUACAAUGCACGUGUAAAUGGAUGAGCACGUUAGACAAUGCGUUCUCUUAUUCUCUCUCUGUGUAUCAAAAUAUUUCUAUAUCUAUCUAUCAACGUAUCAACCUAUUGUCUAUCUCUUAUUUUCCCUUCACCUCUCUGUCUUUCUCUUUUCCUCUACCCAGCAAAUACAUGAAAUAUCAUCAAAGUGUUAUUACAAACUUUAACAUGAACGUCAAAUUCCUGUUAAGUUUCACCAUCUGUGUGUCUCCCCUUUUUUUAAUAUUUGCUGAAUGAAUAUCUUUUAUCCGUUUUGUAUAUCUGAGAGUAAAUAUCUUUUAUCCGUUUUGUAUAUCUGAGAGUAAAUAUUCCUUUAAAUUCUUAUUCUAAAAUCACACGGUGCAUUCUGUUUCAUUUGAAGUUCGAAGUUUCUCUUUUUGCUUUAGUGUAUAAUUAUUUUUGAAAGACGUUUUUUUCCGAUUAGAAUAAUAGGGGACACUAUGCGUAUGAAGAUAAAGAGUAGAGGAGAAGUAGAGGGAAAAGAAAAAGAAGACUAGAAGAAGGAAAGAAAAAGAAAAAGAAGACUAGAAGAAGGAAAGAAAAAGAAAAAGAAGACUAGAAGAAGGAAAGAAAAAGAAAAGGGAAAAAAUAAUAAAGGAAGAAAGGAAAAAUGAAAAGAAAAAGAAAAUGAAGCAGCUCGACGAAGAAGAAAAAGGAAAAAAGAGAGAAAGAAGGAUAAACAGCUCGUUAUUACCACCUCGUAUCUUUCUCGAUUCCUAUUGGCUAAAACCUGAUACAUGACACCGACAUGUUACACGAAUCUAACCAAUCAGGGUACGUCUUCUAAGUUACUGACUACACGUUCCCUGAGCUAGACGGUCAUUAGCUCCCUUUUUCCUCACAGAGAAAGAGUGAUCGCGGUAAUUACUGGCAAAAGACCAUUUCUUCCACUCGAAUCACCACUUGAGUAUUCCUCCAAAGAACUUUCCAUUAUAUCGAUUCAUAAACCUCAUAUUAGUGAAUUCAGACACUCACAGCCACAUUUAUGAGUUUGCAUUUUGUAUGUCAGUAGAAAAUAUGUUUUGGGGGACCAUUGAUAUAAUAAAAUUCUCUGAAUGUAUAUUGCUUGUUUUUUUUAUUACCGUGCCUUCCU